AUGUCUACAGCCCCACCUGCGACUACGCUGACAUUCCUCUCAAACCUACCGAACCUCGAGAUAGGACGCAAGAUCCGUUUCAUUGGUUGUGUCACUGCCUAUAAGACCGAAAGCGGCGUCUUGCGGCUUCAACAUUCAUAUCCCUCUUCUCAGUCACGUACGAUAGUAGCAUUAGUCGACGUGAACCUUGUGCUCGAGAACUCAAAAAGAGAGGAUCUAGAAAUUGGAUCCUGGGUAAACGUGAUUGGUUAUGUCGAAAAGACAACGAAGGAAAAGGAAGCAGCGCAUAAUACAAGCGACGAGAGAGAGAGAAAGCUAAACUCAGAUCCAAAUCGGAAUCGUAUGAUUGACGAGAUUAGCGUCCAAGCAGUCAUGCUGUGGAAUGCUGGAGCGUUAAAGAUCACAGAGUAUGAGAAAGCUCUAGAACAAAGAUUGCGACCUUCUGGCGCGAAGACUUGA